AGAGUCAGGUGUGUUUGUGCUGACAGCCACAUGUUGAAGUUAUCAGAAGAGCACUUUCCAACAAAAUGCUUCUUGUUUUAGUCUUCUCUUCAAUCCCUCUGUUACAGACCAUUCUGUGCUACACUUUCCAAACCCCAACGCUCUUUCUGUCGUUCUCUGAUUUGGCCGCGCUUGAAGCAAACUCUUUGAAACAGACAAACAACCCAAACUCGCAGUCGGCAGAUCACAAGCUGAAGAAGACCUUUGUGUUGAAAUGUCACGAGGACAGCAUCGAGGUUGUGAUGAAAGCUCAUCUGUUCCACCCGGAGCUGCCAGUGGAGCCUGAUCACCUCAGACUUGGACCUGUUGGUGCUGCUGAGGAACAUCACUGCAAAGCCAAAGUGUCAGGAAGUGGGGAUUUCAUCAUCAGAGCACCGCUGACUUACUGUGGGAGUCGCAUGACGUUUACCCAAAGUGUUUUGGUGUACAACAACCUGCUGGUGUACUCUCCACCAUCAUCACCUGGAGACAUGUUGCGAGCACAAGAAACUGCUGUUCCAGUUCAGUGUGAAUACAGAAGUAGGUACACAGUGAGCAGCAGGGCGCUGAUACCAACCUGGAGUCCCCUGAUCACCACCCAGCAUGAGCUAUUAGACCUGGACUUCCAGCUCAGGCUCAUGACAGAUGAUUGGAGCAGUGAGAGAAGGUCAUCUGUCUACUUCCUGGGUGAAACAGUCAACAUAGAGGCCUCUGUGGAUCAUCAUCACCUUCCUCUUCGUCUGUAUGUUAACAGCUGUGUGGCUACUUUAUCCUCUGAUGUGAACUCCUACCCCAGAUACCCCUUCAUAGACCACCAGGGAUGUUUCACAGACUCACAGCUGCACGGCUCAAGCUCCCGUUUCCUGCCAAGAGUCGAGGACAAAACCCUCCACGUUCAACUCCAAUCUUUCCUCUUCCACAAGGACCACAGACGCACAAUCUUUAUAACUUGUAAUCUGGAAGCAGAGCCCAUUUCUAAGAAGGACCCAGAGAAGAAGGCCUGUUCUUUCAUACACGGGAGGUGGAGGUCAGUGGAUGGGGAUGACGGUGUCUGUGAGUGCUGCAGCAGCUGUGCUAAAUCCAACCACAAGAGGGCGCUGAGGAGCCAAACACAGCACAGACAGAGUGAGCUGCAAAAGGAAACCAGUUUGGGUCCAGUGAUAUUUCUGACUGCAGCUGAAAAACUCACAUUUUCUUCAUUGCAGUAUUGAGCUCAAUAAAAUUGGUGUUCAACAGCUGUGACAAACAAGAUAAA